UGUGUGUGUAGUGGGGCGUGUAGGUUACUAGGUCCUAACCUUUUUCUGUUAUUUUUAUCGGUCCCCACAUCCUGCUCUCUCUCGCUCUAUCUCUCUGUCUCCACCCUUCAUUCACUCUCACCACCCUCCAUAGCCACUUUAACUGCAGUACACACACACACACACAACAAAAGUCCAUAUCUGCUUCUUCAGUCAAAAACAAACGUCCAGUCAAAUUGGGUUUUGUGGAGAAGGAGGAAGGAGAGAAGAUGACUACUCUCAGAACAACAGUAGUCGUUUUACUGGGUUUCUACACCUUCUGCCAGGAGACAAGAACCUCAGUCCUAGGAGCCUCAGUCCCAGGAACCUCAGUCCCAGGAACCUCAGUCCCGGGAACCUCAGUCCCAGGAACCUCAGUCCCAGGAACCUCAGUCCCAGGAGCCUCAGUCCCGGGAACCUCAGUCCCAGGAGCCUCAGUCCCAGGAACCUCAGUCCCAGGAACCUCAGUCCCAGGAGCCCCAGUCCCAGGAGCCUCAGUCCCAGGAGCCUCAGUCCCAGGAACCUCAGUCCCAGGAACCUCAGUCCCAGGAGCCUCAGUCCCAGGAGCCUCAGUCCCAGGAACCUCAGUCCCAGGAACCUCAGUCCCAGGAGCCUCAGUCCCAGAAACCUCAGUCCCAGGAGCCUCAGUCACAGGAACCUCAGUCCCAGGAACCUCAGUCCCAGGAACCUCAGUCCCAGGAGCCUCAGUCCCAGGAACCUCAGUCCCAAGAGCCUCAGUCCCAGGAACCUCAGUCCCAAGAGCCUCAGUUCCAGGAGCCUCAGUCCCAGGAACCUCAGUCCCAGGAACCUCAGUCCCGGGAACCUCAGUCCCAGGAACCUCAGUCCCAGGAACCUCAGUCCCAGGAGCCUCAGUCCCAGGAACCUCAGUCCCAGGAGCCUCAGUCCCAGGAACCUCAGUCCCAGGAGCCUCAGUCCCAGGAGCCUCAGUCCCAGGAACCUCAGUCCCAGGAACCUCAGUCCCAGGAGCCUCAGUCCCAGGAGCCUCAGUCCCAGGAACCUCAGUCCCAGGAACCUCAGUCCCAGGAGCCUCAGUCCCAGAAACCUCAGUCCCAGGAGCCUCAGUCACAGGAACCUCAGUCCCAGGAACCUCAGUCCCAGGAACCUCAGUCCCAGGAGCCUCAGUCCCAGGAACCUCAGUCCCAAGAGCCUCAGUCCCAGGAACCUCAGUCCCAAGAGCCUCAGUUCCAGGAGCCUCAGUCCCAGGAACCCCAGUCCCAGGAACCCCAGUCCCAGGAACCUCAGUCCCAGGAGCCUCAGUCCCAGGAACCUCAGUCCCAGGAACCUCAGUCCCAGGAGCCUCAGUCCCAGGAGCCUCAGUCCCAGGAACCUCAGUCCCAGGAGCCUCAGUCCCAGGAGCCUCAGUCCCAGGAGCCUCAGUCCCAGGAGCCUCAGUCCCAGGAACCUCAGUCCCAGGAGCCUCAGUCCCAGGAGCCUCAGUCCCAGGAGCCUCAGUCCCAGGAGCCUCAGUCCCAGGAACCUCAGGCCCAGAAGCCUCAGUCCCAGGAGCCUCAGUCCCAGGAACCUCAGUCCCAAGAGCCUCAGUCCCAGGAACCUCAGUCCCAAGAGCCUCAGUUCCAGGAGCCUCAGUCCCAGGAACCCCAGUCCCAGGAACCCCAGUCCCAGGAACCUCAGUCCCAGGAGCCUCAGUCCCAGGAACCUCAGUCCCAGGAGCCUCAGUCCCAGGAGCCUCAGUCCCAGGAGCCUCAGUCCCAGGAGCCUCAGUCCCAGGAACCUCAGUCCCAGGAGCCUCAGUCCCAGGAACCUCAGUCCCAGGAGCCUCAGUCCCAGGAGCCUCAGUCCCAGGAGCCUCAGUCCCAGGAACCUCAGUCCCAGGAGCCUCAGUCCCAGGAGCCUCAGUCCCAGGAGCCUCAGUCCCAGGAGCCUCAGUCCCAGGAACCUCAGGCCCAGAAGCCUCAGUCCCAGGAGCCUCAGUCCCAGGAGCCUCAGUCCCAGGAGCCUCAGUCCCAGGAGCCUCAGUCCUAGGCAGACCGUUGCUGUACGGCCCCUCAACAGCCCUAGAGAAGACUGUAGAAGAAUUCCAGUGUGAAGUGCUGCAUUACCCUAAAGAAGAGUCCAUCCUCUACCAGCUAUUCAGGGAAGGUGACCGGUCCAAGACCUUAGGCUUCUACAGUGCUCUGUCUGGUGAGAUGGCCAAUUUCCCUCUGUUCAUCACUGCUUCCUACGAGGGCUACAUGGUGUGUGUAGCCAGCGUCCAGAACAACACAGUAAUACAACCCACAGUCAGUCAAAGACACCACCUCAGAGUAGUCGCCCCAGUCAACGGUGCAGAGGUUGUAGUCCAAUCAGGGUCUGUGGAGUUCUACGAAGGGAAGCCACUGUCCCUACGUUGUAACAUCACCAAAGGGAACCACGUCUCCUACCAGUGGCUGGUGGAUGGGAAGCCCCUCCCCCUGUCUCCUUUACACAAUCAGACACAGGAACAACUCUUCAUCUACAGGAUGGUGCUCGAGGACAGCGGGGAGUACACCUGUGUUGCUACCAACCAACUCAACUUGACCGAGGUCUACUCCUCCAGGAGCACUGCCAAGGUCAUCAAGGUCAAAGAGCUCGUGUCUGAACCGGACCUCCACAUCCUGGUACUGAAGGAAACAGACGGGACCUACAUUGCCCACGUCACGUGUCAAUCACUCAAUGGGACUCCGCCCAUCACCUUCUCCCUCUACAGCAGGUCAGAGUUCAUCAGCACGGAGACGGUUGACGAGCGAUUCGCCACGUUCUCUAUUCCAGUGGUUCUAGAUCUCCACAUGGGCUUUCUACAGUGUCAGGCGGAGAACGGAGACCGGGUGGUGUACGGUCAGUGGAAGGCCAUGCACGUUGUUCCAGUAGGUGGAGCUGUGACGAUGCACUACGACACCGACGUGGGAGAAAACUUCUCCAUUGUGGGCCUGACGUUCUACUGUUCCGUGGAGAGGGGAACCUUUCCCCAGUACCGCUGGUUCCUCAACGGAACUGUUCUAGAAGGCCGUGGAGACUUCUACUGGGUGCAGAACCAGACGGGGCAAUCCAUUUUGUUGUUAUCUGUGGGGAAGAGCAGUGCCGGAACGUACCAUUGUGAUGUGUCCGACAGCUUUGAUGGCACUACGGUGAUCAGCAGUGAGGAGAGGUACAUCGAUAAAGAAGUGUUGAACCACCUCCCUACCGUGGUGGUGGCUGUUGUGUUCGGCUGUUUCCUCUUCCUGGUUACCUUGGUGACCACAUGUUGUUUCAUUGGUCUGCUGUACGGGAAAAGACAGUAUCUUGUUGAAACGUCUACGCUGGAUCUCAAGUUGGGUCUGGAGAUGCACAACAUAAUGGUGUCUGAUGAUGAUGAAGAGUUCCUGUGUCGCCCGUGCAUUAUGGAUGAAGAGGAAUACAUGGAGGAUGAGGGAGUAGUAAGAGCAGCCAGAAUCGUUGACUCAGAUCAGGGGGAAGUAGAAUCAACAGACGAGUGGCUGUGGCUACAACAGGAACUGAAGACCUUGGAGGAUGAAAUUCCAGAAAAUAGCUUUUAAAUUCUACAACCAUCUAAAAAGAAGCGAUUCCUACACAUUCCAUCACAAAGCCCUCACCUACAGAGAGAUGAACCUAGAGAAGAGACCCCUCAGCCAGCUGAUUCUGGGGCGCUGUUCACAAACACAAACAGACCCCACAGAGUCCCAGGACAGCAACACCAAUUUGUAAGUCGCUCUGGAUAAGAGCGUCUGCUAAAUGACUUAAAUGUAAAUGUAAACACAAUUAGACUCAACCAAGUUAUGAGGAAGCAAAAAGAGAACUAUUUGACAUACUGGAAGUAAUCACCCCAAAAAACAGAGCAAAUUAAAAUGCUAUCUGGCUCUAAACAGAGAGUACACAAUGGCAGAAUACCUGACCACUGUGACUGACCCAAAAUUAUGU